CGCUGGUCACCUGACGCGCAGUCGGUGUAUAGCUCAGUGACGCAUUGCAGCAGUAAAGCCCUGUGCAGUGACAGAGAGAUCACUUUCCAAAAACAUGAUGAUGUUUCUCCUCCCGCUUCUGUUCAUCUGCACAGCUGUGGCUUCUCCUUUGCUGGGGAAGGAACAGUGUGCAAAUGGCCCCCCCUACUGGUGCCAGAAUGUCAAGACGGCGUCUCAGUGUGAGGCAGUGGCCCACUGCCAGCAAAACGUCUGGAACAAGCCAACUGCAAAAUCUGUGCCAUGUGAUUUGUGCAAGGAAGUCCUUGGUGUCGUUGGCAACCUGCUGAAGGACAAUGCGACGGAGGCGGAGAUCCUGGGCUACCUGGAGAAGGCAUGUGAGCUGAUCCCAGACAAGGGCGUGUCCGGUGAGUGCAAGGAUAUGGUGGACAACUAUUUCCCCAUCGUCAUGGGCAUCAUCAAGGGAGAGCUGGAGGACCCAAAUGUAGCCUGCUGUGCCCUGGGGCUGUGUAAAUCCCUGCAGCAGCAGUUGGGUGCAGCUGCCGCCACUGCCCAGCAAAUCCUGUCCAAUAAGAUUCCUGAGGUUGACCUCUCCAAGGUGGUGUCCCCCUUCAUCGCCAACAUCCCCCUGCUGCUGUACCCCCAGGGCAAAACUGAGGAGGCCCCCCCUGCGGAGGAUGGAGACGUGUGCAAAGAUUGUGUGACGUUUGUUUCCGAUGCUCAGGCAGAAGCCAAGGCCAACUCCUCGUUUGUGAAUAGGAUCGUCGAGCAGAUCAAGGAGCAGUGUGACCUCCUGGGGUCUGGCAUGGCUGAUCUGUGCAAAGAGUAUGUCAGCCAGUAUGCUCCACUUAUUAUCCAGCAGUUGAUGUCCAUGGACCAGAAACCACAAGACAUCUGUGCCAGAGCUGGGUUCUGUGCCUCCUCUGUGAAGUCUGUGCCCAUGCAGACUCUUUUUGCUGCUAAGCUGUUCCCAGCUGCCAAGGUUGUCCCAGCCACCAAGAUCUCUGCACCUGCCAAGCAGAGACUGGUGAAGGCCCGUGAUUCCCCACAGUGUGCUGUCUGUGAGUAUGUCAUUAAGGAGAUCGAGAGCAUGGUGGAGCAGGAGAAGACUGAGGAGUCGGUAAUCCACGCUGUAGAGAAGGUUUGCUCCAUCCUGCCCGCCACCCUUUCUGCCCAGUGCCACGACCUUAUUGAAUCCUACGGCCAGGCCAUCAUCGAGCUGCUGUUGCAGCAGGCUGACCCUAAGACCAUCUGCACUGUUCUGGGGCUCUGCAAGGACGCCAGCCGCCUCUAUAUCCCGGCAGUGGACCAAGCUCGCUUCAAGGCAGGAGAUUUUUGCCAGGUGUGCAAGAUGGCAGUGAGUUAUAUUGACGGGAUCUUGCAGCAGAAUGCCACGGAGGCAGAGAUCAAGGCUGCUGUGCAGAAAGUGUGCAGCUUCCUGCCUGCAGCCAUGCAAGAGGAGUGUGACCAGUUGGUGGAGCAGUAUGAGCCGAUGCUUGUUCAGCUUCUGCUGCAGAUGCUGGAUCCUGACUUCGUCUGCACUAAACUGGGAGUCUGCGCAAGUGCAGCUAAACCCAAUCUGCUGGGAAGCGAACAAUGCAGUUGGGGACCGUCCUUCUGGUGCAAGAACAUGGACACUGCCUCCCGCUGCAAUGCUGUUGAACACUGCAGGCGCCAUGUGUGGAACUAAAGAAAAAAACUAAAUUAAGACAACUGGGACAAAUUUAUUUUUCUUUUUGUUUUUUUAUUAGAUUCAGAAUGACAGCUUUUUAUUUUUCUUGUUCACCUUCCUUUUUAAGAGAAUCAGGCUUUUGCAUUUAGUGUGUAACCUAGCUGUGCAAGAAUACCAUGCUAAUGUGGGAACUGUCCCUCAUUUUUGAGUGAGGGGGGAGGGAAUGUUAUCUCAGUAGAUUUGUGUGUUUUCUUUAGAAAGGAAGAGGGGUGA